AUGUCCGACGACAGCAAGAUGACGCUCAACCUCCUCUUGCUUGGAAAGACACAGAGUGGCAAAAGUGCUACAGGAAACACCCUUCUGGGCAGCAGAGACUUUGCCAGUUUUCUUUCCCCAUCCUCUGUGACCACAUCUUGCAGUCUAGGCCGCAGCUGUCCCAUUUUGGGCUUUGCGCGUCGCCGAGGCAGUGAGCUCACUGUGCAGGUCCAAGUGCUGGACACUCCCGGCUACCCUCACAGCAGCCUGAGCAGAGAGCAAGUGAAGACCGAGGUGAGAAGUGCUUUAGUCCGGCACUUUGGAGAGAAAGGCCUUCACUUGGCCUUGUUGGUCCUCAGGGCCGAUGUUCCACUGUGUGAGGAGGAAGAGGACCCUACAAUCCAGCUAGCCCAGGUAAACUGUGUACCAGUAAGCAUAUCCAGUAGAAUGGCAUAUCAAGAUUUAACUGAAAGAGCAACGUCACAUUUCCAUGCAAUUCUCUGCCUUCAGGAAACAUGAGCUUCAAAGUACAGUGUUACCUCGGGUUAAGUACUUAAUUCGUUCUGGAGGUCCAUUCUUAACCUGAAACUGUUCUUAACCUGAAGCACCACUUUAGCUAAUGGGGCUCCUGCUGCCGCCGCGCCGCCGGAGCAUGAUUUCUGUUCUCAUCCUGAAGCAAAGUUCUUAACCCGAGGUCCUAUUUCUGGGUUAGCAGAGCCUGUAACAUGAAGCGUAUGUAACCUGAAGCGUAUGUAAUCCGAGGUACCACUGUAUUACCCAAAUGUGCAUGUUAAGAUGCUGGGAAAGAACUUUAAACCAACAAGGUGGGUUGGCUUCUGCGUGAUGUGCAGUGAUGCUUUGCUGAUUCACCAGAUGACAGAUGGCUCAGUGACAAGUGCCCACGUUGCAUUCAGAAGGCUCCAGGUGUCCUUCCUGGCAUCUUCAGUUAAAAGGAACAGGUAGAAGAUACUGGGAAGACCUCUUUCCAAGAACCUAGUGAGCUGCUGCUAGUCAGAGACAACAACAAAUUAUUAUUUAUACCCCACCCAUCUGGCUGGGUUUCCCAGGCCACUCUGGGCGGCUCCCAACAGUACAAACAGUAUUCUUACAGCUUUUCAUGUGUUCUGUGUUGCCUGAAAAGCAAUUGAUGGGACAAUCAUGCAUUCAGGUGUGAAUAUAUGCAUUCAAUCCUAAAUUAGGACACAGGCCAACUCAUCACUUGGAUGUUAAGGUGGGGGAAGCAAAUAGGAAGCUAAUUUUAGUAAGAAGGCAGAGAGCAUUAAUGCCUACUGUUCCUCUUCCAUCGUCAUAAUUAUGGUCCAUAGUUGAUGUAAUAUUUGGCUAAUUGUUCAUUUUCCUAAAAGUCCAGAUGAUAUGAUUUCAUUGUUCGUAAAAUAAAUGGGGCAAGAAAGCUGAUGUCGUCCUAGGGAAAUAAGUGUAUCCCUAAGAACAUUGUUUAUACAUCACAGUGAGUGUUCCGCAAUAACAUUAUAGCUAUGACCGCUCAGUAACCACAGAAUGGAGUUCCUGAGUUGUAUAGAAUACGGAAUCCAACCACAAACUGUUCCCAUUAUGUCAGGAUUUGAUGAUUAGUUAGUCCAACUUGCUCUUUAUUGUGUUUUAUGUUGUUGGUCUUUGUAACAUUAUUGUUUUUCUACGUGUCAGAAGCUUCCCUAAUUUCGUAGGAGGAUGGCACAGAAAUUCAUAUACAGAAUAAGCCACCCCUUUCCUCAAUGCAGGACCAAGAAGGGAUGCAACUACAGCAUCCCUGUAGCCAUUCAGCCUCUGCGUAAAUUCCUCCAGGGGCUGAAAGCCAGCAUUCAGCCACUGUGUAAUUAAUUUAAAAUUGCACCCAAAACAUCAGGGCUAAAAAUCAUAUUGUGUUUUGAGUCCCACAAUGCCACCCCCCAAAAAUUCACACUUCACACAUCAAUUUUUGUUUAAGGUUUUUGGCAUAAUUUUGGCCACAACUUUAUUCAAAAUACAAAAAAUGUGAGUGAUUGCUUAGGCAUUGGUUAUGACUAUCUGUCCUUGCCCUCAGGGACAGAGCUGGCCUUCCGGACACCAACGGAAACCAGCGUGGGAAACAAGUAUUGGGUGAGAAAAUGAAGCUGGGCAUCAGUCCCUCACUUCUCACCCUCAUGUUCCUGUGGGGCUUGCACGGCCCAAGUCCGAUGCCAGAGACAAGGACGAAAAGAAUGGCAAGCCCCUGGAUUCCUUUAACGGAAUUCCCUUCAAGCUUACCUCUCCAAGCACCAAUUUAACCAAUGCCUAACCGCCAACCUUACAAGUUGUGAUGAUUUGCUACGCAGUAGGCAAAAACCAAAUGGCACCAGCCAAUCAGCCAGAUGGCAAAAUUCCUACCAGGCCCCCGCUCCAACGACCCCAUGACAGGCAUAGCAAGGUCAAGCGAUCAAGAAAAAACCACCCUAUUAAAGGGAGGGUGCAAAACGGCCAAGAGGACGUCCAACGUCUGUCCCCUGUAUUUAAAGACUCUGACCCCUCCUCCAAACUGGCAACAAUCAAAACUCCCCAGCAACCCAAUUUAACCACUUAAAGGCUUGGGUUCCUCACCAAAUCUGCCCAGUAACGGCAGGGUGGCUUGUUCCCCCAACCGCAAUACGUGCUGUUAGGGAGAACACGCUUUCCUUGGAAACGGCUAUUUAAAUGCACUGCUUGCUGUUGUCCUUCUCCCUUCCUCCUGUUUCUCUAAGGGCUCUUCCAGACAUCCCUUGCAUUGUGCAUUCCUGAUGAUUUGUGCUCCCAAUGCCAUCAUUGGGACAACCCAGCUUUAAUAGUUUUCCACUUGCAAAUGUUUUGGGGUGGCCACAUUGCUUCACUUCCAGUCAAUGCAUAUCCUAUAAAACCCUGCGACUCCUUAAAGAUCACAAAUGUUCUGGGUUUUGUCCCAAUAUUGUUCCACUCUAGCAGCAGAUAGCAAUAACAUGGACGCAUUGGGUCAGCGUUGCAGAACAAAGUAAAGCUGAAUAAAUCCACCUCUGAUGCGCUAUUAUGGUGACAAUGCUGCAGAAUACAUCCACAAGAUCUCGAGGAACACCAUGGCAGGAUCUACCCCCUCCUAUGGCCAUGGGUUGCCCAAGCAAGUUAAAGGGCGUUCAAAGAAACGGCAGGAGACUGUCUGCAGAACGAGGCAGUUGUAAAAGUUGUCCAGGAUGCAUUUAAAUCAUGUUUACUAGGCUUGCAAAUCUGUUCAGAAUUGGGUAUGGGGCCCCAGCAAGUCACCUACAGAAAAAGAAAUUCGUGGUACCUAGCCUGUCUCUGAUUUUGGGUACUACACACGUUGACCUUGGGACAGUGCCACUUAGGAACAGGACCGCCUCUCCUGGUAUGUCCCACAGAGGACCUUACGGUCUUCAAAUAAAAACAUCUUGGCCACAGGGAGGUUGGGCUGGCCUCGACCAGAGCCAGGGCUUUUCUGGCCGUGGCCCCGAUCUAAUGGAACGCUCUGUCACAAGAGACUAGGGCCCUGCGGGACUUGACAUCUUUCCGCAGGGCCUGUAAGACAGAGCUGUUCCGCCAGGCCUUUGGCCAAGGCACAGUCUGACCCCCUCUCCCCUUCUGUAAUCCUCAUAGAACUCUAGCCCAAUUGUUACCAUUAAUUUGAUUCUGAAUUGAUUUUAGAAUGUAUUUUAAUUAAUUGACUGUGAUUUUAUGUACACUGUGCUAUUUUUACUUGUUGUUAGCCUGGUUACUCUGAGCCUGGCGGGAUAUUAUUAUUAUUAUUAGGGCCGGAUAUUAUUAUUAUUAUUAUUAUGGCAUCAAGGAGUUUCAUUAAUUCAGGCUCUGAAAGUUUUAAAACCUUUGGGCAUCAUCUUCCUUUUUACGGUGACUGCUUGGUUCUCAACUGUAUUAUUUUCAGCUUUGCAAUCCCUAAUUAAAAUGAUGUGUUUUGAUCCCAGAACAUAACAUAUGGGCAGUGCCAAGAAUCCAGGUUUAACUUUGUAUAUCUAGCCUCACAAGUAGAACAAAUUAUCAUCCUUUUUGCUUUUAUGGGUUUGGUGAGCUCUAGGAGCUGACGAUUCUAACACGGUACACAGUCCUUGAGCUGGGAUCAUUCUGGCAAUUGUUCCUGAAUUGCAACCUCCAAUUCAGCCACAAGAUGGCAAAUUGACUGCCACUCCUCAGCAGGUCCUGUUGUAAAAGGACAACAUGGAUGCCAUUGAAAGAAGUGAUUCCCCCAAAGUCUAUGCAUCAUAUUUAUUCAUUUAUUCCAAGGAGCUCAAGCCUACCCUUCUCAACAUUUAAGCCAUUCAGGCAACUGGGAACCCACUAUAAAUUCAUAUUUUAUAUAGACCGAAUGAAUUAAAGUCAACUUCCAAAGGAAGAUUGCUCAUAAGGACUUCCCCACUAUAGGAAAGAAAAGCCUCAUUGCAGAGCCAAGCCAAUGCAUUGCUCUUUCAUGAAAUAAUGUAUGAAAUAAAUGUAUUAAGGAACUUUUUCUCUCUCUCUCUUUUAGGAACUCUUGGGUCCUAACUGGAAAAGUUAUACUGCCAUCUGUCUUACUCAUUCUGACCAGAUUGAAAAGGGCAGAUUCACUACAGAACAGUAUUUGCGUUCUGCCACAGACACACUUCAUAAACUCCUGCAGUCAGUGGAGCAUAAGUACAUUUUUGUAGGCAAUCACGAACAGCCUUUGAAACAGGAACACCUAGAGGUUUUAAGGAAAAUUAUGGAGUUUCUGAAGCAAAACAGUUACCAGACCCUUGUAUUUAAACAAAUGAGAUAA